GACUUGUUGCAGUGACACUUGCUCUCGAAAUAUUUCUUUGAAAAGCCAAAAUUUGCUCUAUAUAUCAAAUAACUGAAGUUAUCUCGCUAUAUCGUGGAUGGGGGAAAUCCUUGUUUAGGGUAAAAGGCAAUAAAUUAAAAUUGUCUUUAGGUUCAACAGUUUUUUAGGGUUUUUUUUUUCAAAACGGGUUUAUUUUUUGCAGUGCGGCUAAUGCUGAAGUCAUUCUCCGUCUCAUACAGCAGCAACCAAGGACAAGAGAGCAUCAGCAGUGAGAGGGAAAAGAAGAGAGAGAAAGGUGCCUCCUCUCGCCAUUGCGAUAAUUGUCUCGCUGUUGAAUCGAUGUCGGUGCAAAUGCUGCUCUAAGGGGAGGCGAUAGGAGUGGAGGAGAAGCGGGGGGAUUUAACUUCACACACGGACAAAACCUAUGCUUGGAUUUCGGCUCUUUUUCCCUUCGCCAAUGCAAAAGGAAAUAUGCAGCGAAGCUUCACCAUCCUCUACACCAGUUUACUGGGGAUGUGCUUGGGUUCAAGCUCAAGUUUUCCAAGUAACAUCAAUAUAGGAGGAUUGUUCCCAAGCGGAUCCCACGAAUAUGAGGUUUUUCGGUUCGCCCUCUCUCACCACCAGGACAUCCCCAAACUGGUGCCGCAGGUGGAUAUGGUCAUGAUGGGGAAUAGCUUCUCCAUGACAUAUGCCUUUUGCUCCCAGUUCUCCAAAGGUGUGUAUGCCAUCAUUGGCCUGUAUGACAGGAAGACAGUCAACAUGCUCAUGUCCUUCUGUGGAGCGCUGCACGUCUGCUUUGUGACACCAUCCUUCCCCAUCGAAACAGCCAAUCAAUUUGUGAUCCAGCUGAGGCCCGAGCUCCAGGAUGCACUGGUGGGAGUUAUCGAACACUAUGGAUGGUCCAAGUUUGUCUACAUGUACAGUUCCAACUCAGGUCUGUCUGUGCUGCAGAAGGUUCUUGACACGGCAGCAGAGAGGAAUUGGCUGGUGACCUCAGUCAAUGUGGAGACCAUAUCGAGUAAUGCCUUUGCGAAAGUGUUCCAGGAUUUGGACAAGCGAAAGGAGGGCCAGAUUAUCAUUGACUGUGAGACUGAGAGACUCAACAACAUACUGCAAAUGAUUGUAGAUCAAGGAAAGAAUGCAAAGAGCUACCACUACAUUCUGGCUAACCUGGGUUUUCUGGACAUUGAUCUGACAGAUCUGAGGAAAGGCGGGGCAAACAUAACCGGCUUCCAGCUCGUCAACAACUCAGAGCCGAGUGUGAGCCGCAUCGUCCAGCAGUGGAUGGAGUUUGAUAAUAAGGACUCCAAAAUGCCCAAGCCUGGACUCAAAUACACAGGUGCUCUAACAUAUGACGGGGUGAAAGUCAUGUCUACAGCCUUCCAGAAUUUAAGGAGACAGAGGAUAGACAUAUCUCGCAGGGGCAACGCUGGAGAAUGCCUAGCCAACCCGCCAGCUCCCUGGGGACAGGGCAUAGACAUCCAGAGAGCCCUGCAGCAGGUCCGUAUAGAUGGAUUGACUGGUCACAUUCAGUUUAAUGAGAAAGGCCGCAGAACCAACUACACUGUUAGUGUCAUGGAACUGGCCCCCUCUGGACCCAAGAAGGUCGGCUACUGGAAUGAAGAUGAGAAGUACGUGACCACAGCCAGCCUGAGAGGGAGCAACGAGACUUACCCACUGCUGAACAGAACUUACAUAGUCACCACUAUCUUGGAGUCUCCGUACGUGAUGCUGAAGAAGAACCACGAACAGCUUGUGGGGAAUGAUAAGUACGAGGGCUACAUCGUGGAGCUGGCUGCAGAGAUAGCAAAGCAUGUGGGCUACCAGUACAAACUGAAGAUCGUCUCAGAUGGCAAGUACGGAGCCCGAGACCCCGAAACCAAGAUGUGGAAUGGCAUGGUGGGAGAGCUGGUGUAUGGGAAAGCAGACGUGGCUGUGGCUCCGCUCACUAUCACCCUGGUCCGUGAAGAGGUGAUUGACUUCUCCAAGCCCUUCAUGUCUCUGGGUAUCUCUAUAAUGAUCAAGAAACCAACCAAAUCCAAGCCUGGCGUGUUUUCCUUCCUGGACCCGCUGGCUUAUGAGAUCUGGAUGUGCAUUGUGUUUGCCUACAUUGGCGUCAGCGUCGUCCUCUUCCUGGUCAGUCGAUUCAGCCCGUACGAGUGGCACGCCGAAGACUACGAGGAGGGAGCCGAGCCGCAGACUCCCACCCAAGCGGCAGCUUCCAACGGUGUGCAGCAGGGCCAGACACCGACGCAGCAGAACACCACCCAGCAGAGUCCAGAGCAAACCAAUGAAUUUGGCAUCUUCAAUUCCCUUUGGUUUUCGCUUGGCGCCUUCAUGCAGCAGGGCUGUGAUAUUUCACCACGCUCUCUGUCAGGCCGCAUUGUUGGAGGCGUCUGGUGGUUCUUCACUCUCAUCAUCAUUUCAUCCUAUACUGCGAAUCUGGCUGCUUUCCUGACUGUGGAGAGGAUGGUGUCUCCUAUAGAGAGUGCCGAGGAUCUGGCCAAGCAGACAGAGAUUGCAUAUGGAACGCUGGAUGCUGGCUCCACCAAAGAAUUCUUCAGGAGGUCUAAGAUCGCCGUGUUUGAGAAGAUGUGGUCUUACAUGAAGGCGGCCGACCCGUCUGUGUUUGUCAAAACGACAGACGAGGGUGUCAUGCGAGUCAGGAAGUCCAAGGGCAAAUAUGCCUACCUGCUGGAGUCCACUAUGAAUGAGUACAUAGAGCAGAGGAAACCCUGUGACACUAUGAAGGUGGGAGGCAACCUGGACUCCAAAGGUUAUGGAAUUGCCACACCAAAGGGCUCCCAUCUCAGAAUCCCAGUAAACCUAGCGGUGUUGAAGCUCAAUGAGCAAGCCGUCUUAGACAAACUGAAAAACAAAUGGUGGUACGAUAAAGGGGAGUGUGGCAGCAAGGACUCCGGAAGAAAGGACAAGACCAGCGCUCUGAGCCUCAGCAAUGUGGCGGGAGUCUUCUACAUCCUGAUUGGAGGCCUGGGCCUGGCCAUGCUGGUGGCACUGGUGGAGUUCUGCUACAAGUCCAGGACCGAGUCGCGCCGAAUGAAGCAAUCCAUCAACGACGCCAUGCGCUGCUCCACCCUGACCAGGAUGAGUGGCAAUGGGAGCGGCGGAGAGAACGGACGAAUCCUCACCCACGACUUCCCCAAGACCGUUCAGACGCUGCCCUGCAUGAGCCACACCGCCAGCAUGGGACUGGGUGCCUCCGGCAUGUGAUCAUCAUAUUACUGUGCUGGCGGCGAGGGGAUAGGCAGGGUGGGGCAGAAGAAGAAGAGCACAGGACUCUAAUAACCUCAAAAAAAACAAAACAAAACCCAUGGCUGUCCGGUUUGACCCAUCUAUUCUCCCGGCUUUCCCAACUUGAACAAAAACUUACUGCCAAAACGGACUCUUAAAAACCGCUCCUCGCAAAUGAUGAACAGAGAAUCGCAACUUUUUUUUCCUUUUUUUUAAUAAGUGGGUGUUUGAAAAAUAGAUAUCGAAAAAAAGAAGGGAAACGUGCUGCAAUAAAGAAGUCGUCAACUGGGCGUGUUUUUGGACUUUUUUUUUUUUACCGUGUUCAUUUAUGUGGAAAAAAAAAAGAAUUUUAUUCUUCAGUGUGACGCCUGCGCUGUGCCAUUUCGAUGGAGCUGUUGACGUUAGUCUGCUUGUGCAAUAUCUUCACCUCCACUGCUGACCUUGUACUACCUAGAUGCUUUCUGAUGGCUGAUGGAUCAUGUCUUUGCACAGAUGUGGCAGAGGAGGACAAACACUUGUGACUGCUACGAUGAUAUGAUGUUGUUUUCGGGAUGUCCCCACCUUCCUUCACUCUUACAUUUAUACUCCAUUUUUGAAGGACUAAGUGCUCAGAGUAGCAUGGCCAAUUUUUGUGAGAUAGUGGUUUACGCUGGAGUGAUAGCGCAGAUUAGAUUGUCUCACGUAUUUUUGAUUUGACUUGUGUUUCGAUGACGGUUAAUGAUGUUCAAAUCAGAAGCUUUCCAGGCUACGACAAACAAGCAUUGCUGCUAGACCUCAUUGAACAUAUCAUGCCUUGUCUUAGUGCCACAUGACCAUUCAAAUGCGGAACAUUGUACACAGAUUGAGUUUGAGUACUUACAUUGAUCAUCAAAGCAGUCAUUGGGCACAUUCAUAAAUGCUCACCUCAACCUACGUAAAAAAGUGAAUGGAGAUGACACAAUGACACAUUAUUCUGUAUGUACAUUACUGAGUGACCUUACACUGUAUUCUGCUGUUGUGACAUUCAUAGCAUAAUCACUGAUACAUUGGACAGUCUGUUUGAAGACAAAUUUAGAGUUUACCUGGAGUUGUCGCAGCAUUGAUGUAUAUUGUUCGGUACUGAGCGAAAAAGCCAGAAAGCCGGCUUCCUCGCUGUUGCUAGCUAGCACAGCAAGGAGGGGGUGCGAUUGAUACACUCGAUGUGACUGACAGAUUUGGAGUCAGUAUUGCUAUUGGAAGUCAAGGUUAUGGUGAUCACUGCAUUGCUUGGCUCUCCGAGUUCUCCCUUUCAGAUCACAUCAAGUAUUGAGGAAUCAGAGUGACAGGCCUGGGACAUUAGAGGGGAGAUGUGACAAAGGGCAGACAUCCUAGGUUUGGCAUUUAGGCCCUAAAGGAAGAUUCCAUACCAGAGCAUUUCGGUACAUUUAACACAAAACGACUGUCGGUGAUGCACUUUGCAUUUCUUGGGCCCAUUUUGUCACACACUAUGGUAAUUUAUAUUCUUAUGAAUAAGUGGCCAACGGCGGAAAACAAACCUUUAGCUAAUUCUGUGAUUUAAAACGGAAAGAUGAUGUAACAGGAGGGAAAACGAGAAACACUGGCAUGAUUCUAUAAUUUAUUUUUUUCGUUUAUUGACAAUAAUUCCAGAGAUGUGAGGAUACCAACAAUUUUCACUUUUGUUUUUUUUUCAUUAGAACAAUUUGAGUGUUUUGCUGCUGUCUUUACUAGUUUACUUGCUUGAUAGAGCCAGGAGAAAUGUGUUGUCACAUAUUUCAGUAUGAAGAUGUUUUAAUCAAAACGUGAUGACAGCGUUGACCCCCGUCGCUCUCACAAGGCUCUGUUCAAUAAAUCACAACAGGCCGAAACAGCUUUUGCUUAAAUCCCGUCUGUCCUCAAACCAACAUUUUACACACAAGAUAUUCAUGAAUAUUCUCAUAACAGUAGUAAUUAUAAUAAUAGCACACAUUUGUUUUCAUGUAUGAAAAUAGUUUUCAUAUAUGCAAACCAAUGAAUUGCCUCGAACCAUGUACCAACAAAUGACAGUCAGCUGUAAUUUUUUUCACAAAGUGCAUCACAUAUUAAAACCUAAUUUAUAUGUAUUUUUAAAGGUUUAUUAGGAAAUAAUCCUUAGAGCAGUUCAUUCAUUAAUAAUGUUGCUUUCCCACUUAUCCAGUAACUACGGGGAAUCACGUGUCCGUUUUUUAGCUUUCACCUCAGACAGUAAUCUUUCAGUUUUAUUUUAUUUUUCUGAACAACUUCUACACUUUUUCUAUGAUAGCCCUCUCUGCAUUUUCUUUACAUAGAAAUAGAUAGAAAUGAUUGGUAGCACUAUGCUGACUGCAAAUAACGGGAGAACCUGUUAUUUUAGAAAAAUUGAGAACAUACACAUGGUGAUAAGAAAUGUUGUGCACUUAUCAUAAAUGCACAAAAGCAUAUAAGUGGAUAGGGUCCAGUGCUUUAGCUUUUUCCUUUUUUCCCCACCAGGCUUGCACAUUUUGCGACAAAUGCAUAAUGUCUUGAUCAUCCUUAGGAAGUUUGUGUUUUUCCAGCCUCUCUGAAGCAUUCAGUCCCAGUUUCUCUAAAUGUUACAGUAUUAGUACAGCAAAAGUGCAGGAUAAAGUGAAGGAAAUAUGCAGUAUUCUGGUUUGUUGUAUUGAAAUGAAAUUUCAGCAGGGUCAGGUGACUCACUGAUAUUUUUUUAGGUAGUAUCAGAGCAAUAAGUUACAGUAUCAGACUUUGACUAGUUCGUUUUUGUUUUGAAAGAUUGGUAAUCAUAGCUGGUUUUGGUCUUUUCAUUGGAUUUUAUUGUCAACAAUAAUAAAAAAUAUAGAGACUAUUGCCAAACUGAUUGUUUAAAUGAAGUAUUGGUACAACUGAAAAAUGUGAGACCAGGAGAGAAAUCGCUAACAGUGGGGGGUUUUUUCAUAACACAUCAGAGCCUGGAGCUAUGUAAAGGAUGCAUUAUGUGCCUUCAGCCAGCAUGAACAUCUUUUCCUCUUACAUAGCUAUCACUCCACCUCAGUCCACCUCCACAAAUAUUCCACUGCAGAGUACAGCAAUUUCACGUACCCAAAUUGUUAAAAGGCUUUCAAGUAUAUAUAGGAAAUGCCGAAGUUUAAGCAGAUGAAGCAAGUUGAGGGAAAUGUGGGUAAAAAUUAAAGGUUUUUUUUUAAAGUGGGUCAAAAUUAUAGUCAUUGAAAAGAGAAGUCCUAAAAUGCAUCAACCAUCACCACUGGCUUGAUAUCUGCGUGUCUUUAACAGUGUCCAAGGGGGUGAUUUUAGUCUAAGGUGACUGGAAGGUCGAAGCGCUUGAAAUGGGAUUUUCACUGCUGUUGGAUGCCAGAGGUCAGCUUUAGAUUAUGUACUGCAGAAUCUAGCUGACCUCUUAUUUUACAGCCAAGCGCCUGUACAAAGGCAGCACUCAUCCUCUGCUUCCACAAAUGGAUGUGCUUUUAUUUUUAUUCCUGAGUUUGUAUCCUUUUUUUUUUUCCUUUUUCAAGGGUACCAAAUCUAAUGUAGAACCUCUCUUUCCGCUAUAUGUUCAUAAAACAAGUGGGCAAGCAAAAAUCAUACAUAUCUCCACAUUGUUAUGUAUAUAAAAGGAUUUUUCUCUUCCCCAGUGAAAAUGUUUGUUCUCCUUUAAAUCAAGCCUCAGUGUACCAGAAUUAGUUACCUGCCGUGUGAAUACUUUUUUCGUUCCUCCUUCAUAUGCGUCUUCUUUUUUCUGAUGAUGUAUUAAUUACUACGACAGCACAGCACUCUUCUGUGGAGGCUUUAUCUUGGGAAAUAUGUUUUAUAUGGCAUAACAGGAUUUGUAAAAAAAAAAAAAAAAAAAAUUUAACAAAAUGAAAAAGUUUUUUUUUUUAAAGAGACAUUCAGUGUUUGUAUUGUAAAGGAGAAUUAGGUGGCACUUUGAAGGCUAUAAAAAAAAGUAAACCACACACUGAUGUUAAAUAAUCUGCAGACGCUUUUUGUUGUUCAGAGCCAGUUUAGAGUUGAUUUUAAUUUAAUCUCCUGUUGUAUUUUUUUUUUUUUUUUUUUUUUUGAAGUGCUUAAAAUCUACCACCAUGUGAAUAUUUCUUUUUCUUUCUUUUUUUCACAGUACUUUUACUACUGGAAUCUAAUCACCAGAAACACUGUCAUGUUUUUUUUAACUCUACAAAUGUUACAAUUGAGUUUUAAAAUUCAUGCAAAGUUCAAUAAAUGGGUUCAAAGUUUUAAACUAAAUAAAUAUAAAAGAAUACAGAACACUGUUAGGAGUCAGACUUUUGAGAAAUCUUCUUUUUUUUCUAACCAAAGUGUCCUGGAAAGAAGUCAUCAUGCUUUUGUAACUGAAUAAAGGAAUAAACUAUG